UCUCCAGCUCCAGCUGGACCCGAAGUCUUAGAGCUGCCACCAGUAGGUUCAGACACUUGUCUCCUAGCCCACCCUGCACCAUGGCCAUGAAGGUAGACAGCAGGCCUGGGGGGCUUCCCGGCAGUGGCUGUGACCUGGGCCCAGCCCGAGAGCACAUGCAGGCGAUCACUCGAAACUAUAUCACCCACCCCCGUGUUACCUACAGGACCGUGUGCAGUGUCAACGGGCCCCUGGUGGUGCUGGACCAGGUCAAGUUUGCCCAGUAUGCUGAGAUUGUCAACUUCACCCUCCCUGAUGGGACUCAGAGGAGUGGACAAGUGCUUGAGGUGGCCGGCACCAAGGCAAUUGUUCAGGUGUUUGAAGGGACAUCUGGGAUCGAUGCCCAGAAGACCACUUGUGAAUUCACAGGGGACAUCCUACGGACUCCAGUGUCAGAGGACAUGCUGGGUCGGGUUUUCAAUGGCUCCGGCAAACCCAUUGACAAGGGGCCAGCAGUCAUGGCAGAGGACUUUCUGGAUAUCAACGGCCAGCCCAUCAACCCCCACGCCCGCAUCUACCCCGAGGAGAUGAUUCAGACGGGCAUUUCUCCCAUUGACGUCAUGAACAGCAUUGCCCGUGGUCAGAAGAUCCCCAUCUUCUCAGCAGCUGGACUGCCCCACAAUGAGAUUGCUGCUCAGAUCUGCCGCCAGGCGGGGCUGGUGAAGAAGUCCAAGGCUGUGCUGGAUUAUCACGAUGACAACUUCGCCAUCGUCUUUGCAGCCAUGGGGGUGAACAUGGAGACAGCCAGGUUCUUCAAGUCUGACUUUGAGCAGAACGGAACCAUGGGGAACGUCUGCCUCUUCCUGAACUUGGCCAAUGACCCCACGAUCGAGCGGAUCAUCACCCCUCGCCUGGCGCUGACCACUGCCGAAUUCCUCGCCUACCAGUGCGAGAAGCACGUGCUGGUCAUACUGACUGAUAUGAGUUCCUACGCAGAGGCCUUGCGGGAGGUCUCAGCUGCCAGAGAGGAAGUGCCUGGGCGCCGAGGCUUCCCUGGAUACAUGUACACAGACCUGGCCACCAUCUACGAGCGGGCAGGCCGCGUGGAGGGCCGGGGCGGGUCCAUCACGCAGAUCCCCAUCCUCACCAUGCCCAACGACGAUAUCACCCACCCCAUCCCAGACCUGACGGGCUUCAUCACAGAGGGACAGAUCUACGUGGACAGACAGCUUCAUAACAGACAGGUCUACCCCCCGAUCAACGUGCUCCCUUCCCUGUCGAGGCUGAUGAAGUCAGCCAUUGGGGAGGGCAUGACGAGAAAGGACCAUGGGGAUGUCUCCAACCAGCUGUACGCCUGCUACGCCAUCGGGAAGGACGUGCAGGCCAUGAAGGCGGUGGUGGGGGAGGAGGCGCUCACCUCCGAGGACCUGCUCUACCUGGAAUUCCUGCAGAAGUUCGAGAAGAACUUCAUCAACCAGGGCCCCUACGAGAACCGCUCGGUGUUCGAGUCGCUGGACCUGGCCUGGAAGCUGCUGCGCAUCUUCCCCAAGGAGAUGCUGAAGCGCAUCCCGCAGGGCGUGAUCGACGAGUUUUACUCCCGCGAGGGGGCGCCGCAGGACCCCGUGCCCGACACCGUGCUCUAGCCGCGCGCGCCUGCGCCGCGCCGGGUCCCCUGUCCCCCGCCCUGGCCCGCCCUCGCCCCUAGCGUCUGCCCUCGCCCCGCACACCCGCCCUGCGCCCUGCGCCCCGCGCUGGCUGUGCGGGGCUCCCGCGCUCCAUCCCGGCACUGGGAAAGAGCAGAAGGCUGUUAAGCCCCGCUUCUAUGCCUUGCUGACAGGAGCAUCUGUAGUUUUGUUUUUAAAGCCCACAAAAUAAGAAGUAACUGAGAUGAAUUUAUCUUAGGUGAAAACAAGAUUGGCAAAAAAAAUUGAUAAUCGUUGAAAAUGGGGCUGAUGGGCGCAUGGAGUUCAUUAAACUAGUCUCCCCACUUUACAAAAAAAAAAAAGCUACAUUAGUGUCUUAACAGCUGACAAUAGAAUUCCUCCUAGGGAGACAUUUAUCUUUGUGUCUGACUCUAAACAGCUCUGCCUGAGCGGUGCUGGGGAGGAAUUUGGUUUGCUCCGCGCAGGAAGCGAAGAGAGUUGCUAGAGAGAUGCCCUGAGGGACAUGGUGCGGGUGCAGAAGGCUGAAAAAACGCCCCAGUUAAGAAAUGAGUGAAGAGCAUCCUAAAAAUUAGGAGGCCUGAUGCUGCUUUGACAGCUGCCAACUCUUCUGUAAUGGCCCUCCCUCCUCUGUCUCCCCUGCCCGAUCUCCAGUGAAGUCGUGAGUACUCCUCGCAGGGGGAAGAAGGGUGACUUGGGAGGACGGAACUUCAGUCAAGAACUUAGUUUCAUUUCUAGGUCAAUGUGUUGCAGAACCAGGUUAGAAUUCUUAGGUCAAGAGCUAGCACCAAGAAUAAAAUUCCCAUCCCCAAGACAAUUUACAGCCAUCUUGGGGAAAGCUUUGAGUACCCACAGUGCAUAGAGUUGUUUUUAUUUAAUAAGAUAUAAUCAUCAUCUUUAUUGAGAUAUGAUUCACAUACCAUACAAUUC